ACACACACUGAGCUGUUUGCGUGAGUAAAGAGCACACAGGUCAGUGCAGAUCAGUGAAUACACCACACGCCUAAUGUGGACACAUGAAUACUGUAAGAUCACACGUGUGACUCCAGCUCUAUAUUGAAUUAAACACACAUUGAACACUGUGAGCUGAGGGGACACUGACGGUGUAAUAGUUGAUGAUUACAGUGUGUGUGUGUUUAAUGAUGAGCUGAAGACAGCAGAGCGCUUCAGGUAAACAACAACACAUCAACACUGACCAGACUGAACAUCUACACACACUACUGUCAAUAAUACAAGCGGAUAGUGCUGACGGUACUGCUCUACAGGUGUGUGUGUGUGUGUGUGUGUGUGUAUGUCAGUGUAAAUGCAAAUGAGCGUCUGACACGCAUCUCUCUCUCUCCUCUGAUUGGCCCAAUGAUGAUCAGGACGCCAAAGAAGCAGAAACUCCACGCAGCGUCCUGGAGGAGAUCGGACUCACAUGAAGACCUCACACACACACACGCACGCACACACACACACACACGCACGCGCACUCACACACUCUUUUGAAGACACAGAGAGCUGGCCAUCUGAAAAUGUAGCACACACACACACACACUGAGAGGCUGGCCACAUGAAGAUGUAGCAGAUGCACACACACACACACACACACACACACAUACAUGUGUGCUUGGUUUGUCCACACAUCUUACUGUAUAUUUGCUGUAACCCCCCAACACACACACACACACACACACACACUGUGGUGUACAGUCAUUAAAGUGUCAGAAGCAGAGAAAGGGACUCGUUUACAAAACCAAAGAGUGUUUACUGUGUGUGUUAUGUGUUUGCGUGUAGUAUAGAGCGCUGAACACACACUCAGAGGGAGCGUUCACACACACACACACACACACACACUCAUGUGCUGCUCAUCCAGACCCCGCUCCACCAAACACACACUGACAUGAGGAAACUGAACCUGAGGCUGAGUGUGUGUGAGCAGAUACAGCUCUGAGCUGCCAUUGGCCCGUGGUGAUUCAGUGGGUGUGUCCUGUAGCUCCGCCUUCUGGAGCGCCUGACACUGUAAGGGUCUGUGUGUGUGUUCAUGUGUGUGUUCAUGUGUGUGUGUGUGUGUGUGAUUAUUACACAGAUACUAGACUACACUAUUACACAGUAAAUAUCGAUCAGAGCUGUUAUCAUCGGCUAGCUCUUUAAUUAAUCGUAUAGCUGACAGAAGGAUAAACAGCUGGAUGCAGAAUAUACUAACACAGGGGUGUCCUUGAGGGCCCGUGUCCUGCAUAUUUUAGUUCCAACCCCAACUAAACACACCUGAAGCAGCUUAUCAAGCUCUUCCUAGGUAAACUAGAAACUUCCAGGCAGGUGUGUUGAAGUUGGAGCUAAACUAUGCAGGACACUGACCCUCCAGGACUGAGUUUGGACACCCCUGUACUAACACAUUAUUAUUCAGUCCCAAGAUGGCGUCAAGCAGUGAAAUCAAGCUGAAAGCGGUGAAAUGGAAACGUUUUCUCCAUGUUUUUAUAUCUGAUGCCCGUACAGAGAUCCUGUCCAACAGCUCAGAGCUGUGUGUAAACAUUACCUGCUCAUCAAAUAUUCAGCAAUGUAAAACAGCCUGAAAAUUCUGGAGUCAUGUGUGUUUCUGCCUCCACAAACCUGACCGACCUCACUGCUAGUCCACUGUGUUAACCGGCUAACUAACUAGCACUGAGCACUGUUAGCUUCACUGUAUUAGCUGCGUCUGUGGGUAAUGGUUAUUCCUCAGAGCUGCUAUUGGUUUUGCUGUGCUAGUAUUGGUUCCGAUAUGCCAGUAUUGGUUCCUCAGUGCCAGUAUUGUUUCUGAUAUGCCAGUAUUGGUUCCUCAGUAUUGGUUCUGCUGUGCUAGUAUUGGUUCUGAUAUGCUAGUAUUGGCUCUGCUGUGCCAGUAUUGGUUCCUUGGUGCCAGUAUUGAUCCUGCUGUGCCAGUAUUGGUUCCCUAGUGCCAGUAGUGGCUCUGCUGUGCCAGUAUUGGUUCUGAAAUGCCAGUAUUGGUUCCUUGGUGCCAGUAUUGGUUCUGCUGUGCCAGUAUUGGUUCUGAUAUGCCAGUAUUGGUUCCUUGGUGACAGUAUUGGUUCCUCAGUGCCAGUAUUGGCUCUGCUGUGCCAGUAUUGGUUCUGAAAUGCCAGUAUUGGUUCCUCAGUAUUGGUUCUGCUGUGCUAGUAUUGGUUCCUCAGUGUCACUAUUGGUUCUGCUGUGCCAGUAUUGUUUUUGCUGUGCUAGUAUUGGUUCUGAUAUGCCAGUAUUGGUUCCUCAGUGCCAGUAUUGGUUCUGCUUUGUCAGUAUUGGUUCCUCAGUGCCAGUAUUGUUUCUACUGUGCCAGUAUUGGUUCUGAUAUGCCAGUAUUGGUUCGGAUAUGCCAGUAUUGGUUCUGAUAUGCCAGUAUUGGUUCCUCAGUGCCAGUAUUGGUUCUGCUUUGUCAGUAUUGGUUCCUCAGUGCCAGUAUUGUUUCUACUGUGCCAGUAUUGGUUCUGAUAUGCCAGUAUUGGUUCCUCAGUGCCAGUAUUGGUUCUGCUUUGUCAGUAUUGGUUCCUCAGUGCCAGUAUUGUUUCUACUGUGCCAGUAUUGGUUCUGAUAUGCCAGUAUUGGUUCGGAUAUGCCAGUAUUGGUUCUGAUAUGCCAGUAUUGGUUCCUUGGUGCCAGUAUUGGUUCCUCAGUAUUAGUUCCCCUGUGCUGUUGUUGAGUGUGUGUCGUCCUCGUACUCGUCUCGCUCUGCUGAACACUGUGUUUGAUCUUCAGAACUGAAUAAAUUUGUCUACAGGUGUUUAUAAGGCCGUCUGUGUGUUGUUCUGUGUCUGAUCUUCUCUUUAUUAACUGCAGGAGGAGUUUUAUUUGAUAAAGUUAUUAAAUCAGCUCUUUUAUUCUCGAGUGUUCCUUUACAUUUACAGUCAUUUACAGUCAUUUAGCCAACCCAGGCUCAUUCUGAAAGUGUACCUCUGUAUACAUUUCUGGAGGCUGUGAAAUCCGUCCCAGGAGCUGUGUUUGUGUUUGUUUUUGCUGUUUUUGUUUUAGUGAAUCCAUGAGAGGCUGAUGUGUCCACUUUCCAGAUCUCACAUUUCUCUGGCGAGUGCCAUUUACUCCUGCUGUUCUCACGUAAACCCACCAGAGGCUGCUGUCGACUGACUAUUGGACUGACCCACCGAUCGACUGACCCACCCUCCUCCUUCCCUAAAUCCAACCAACAAUUUUCAAGAGCAAUCCAGAAAAAGAAAAGCCCUCAUCUGAUUUUCACCAUGUUUUCAGAUGUUACCACAUUCUCACCCUGAUAUUUACUUGUUUAUUUAUUUUAUGGCUUUUGUUUUUGUCUUACCUGUUUUCUGGAACUGUUCUUCACCGGACUUGAACCCUGUGGUCAUAGUCAACUCCUCUCUGCGUCUCAAGUCUGCCGAAAUACAUGUAGAGCUAACAGGACAAACAGCAGGUCCGUACGGAGAUCAGUCCACCAGUGAAGAACAGUGAAUGAGAAGGUUCUGGAAAGUGACGUAUAGCCUCUCUGCGAUGGAACCACAAGGCAGCGCUCACACCCUGACCGGAGGCACCUGGAGGGAUGUAGACCUUCAUCACCAGCAUCAGAUGGAGGAGGAGCGGCGCAGCUUCACAUAUAAGAGGAGACGCUGCUCACACUGGAGGACAAUCAGGAGAACACACACACCUGCUGCAGAGACUACACGCACACAGGCUGAUUGUAGAAAUGUCCAGCUCCAGCACUCCGGCACGUCCAGCUCCCAGCGCUGCGACUGCAUCUGCAUCCCCAUCUCCAUCUGCACCUGCAUCUGCUGCAGCACUAUCAGCAUCCACAUCUCCAUCUGCAUCCGCAUCAGACUCAGUGCUGGCGGUGCGCUCAGUGGAUCUGCUGAGGCUGCGGGAUGGCCUGAACCGGCGACAGCAUCACACUGACGGCUUCUCCAGCGAGCGGCUGAUCGUCCGCAGAGGACAGAGCUUCCAGAUCAUGGUGGAGCUUUCUAGAGCCUUCAAACCCAGAGCAGACUCUCUACAGCUGCAGCUCAAACUGGACUCGCCGGCCUCCAACAGCUCUGGGCUCUUGAUCUCGGUGCCGCUGGUGGAGGAUCUGGAGGAUCGGCGCUGGGAGAUGAAGAUCGUGGAGCAGAAAGAGAACCGUGUCCGUCUGGUGGUCAACACCCUGCCCAGCGCCUCCAUCGGCUGCUAUAAACUGACCGUGGUGUCGUUCUCGCCGCGGGGAAAACUGCUGUUCCCCUGCACACCUGAUGACAUAUACCUGCUGUUCAACCCCUGGUGUGAAGAUGAUCCUGUCUAUCUGGAUAAUGAGGCGGAGAGGAAGGAAUACGUGCUGAACACCAUGGGCAGGAUCUACUACGGGACCGAGCAGCAGAUUGGAACCAGAACGUGGAAUUUUGCUCAGUUUGAGCAGAAUAUCCUGGAGGCCUGUCUCUUUCUGCUGGAGAGAGGGCGAGCGGCUGUGACCGAGUGGAGGGAUCCGGUGAUCGUCUCCAGAAUGGUGUCGGCUCUGGUGAACUCAAACGAUGACCGCGGUGUGCUGAUGGGAAACUGGUCAGAGAGUUUUGAAGGAGGAACGGCCCCUACAGCGUGGAGCGGCAGCGGGGACAUCCUCAGACAAUACUACAGCAGCAAGGGGACGCCGGUGCGCUUCGCUCAGUGCUGGGUCUAUGCUGGAGUCACCUGCACAGUGCUGAGGUGUCUGGGUAUCCCCACCCGCUGUGUAACAAACUUCUCCUCGGCUCAUGACACUGAUCUCUCUCUGACCACCGAUAUCUACCUGGACGAGAAGCUGGAGAUGCUGAAGGACAAGACCAGCGACUCUGUCUGGAACUUCCACGUGUGGAACGAGUCCUGGAUGCGGCGUGAGGAUCUGCCGGCUGGUUAUGGAGGAUGGCAGGUUGUGGACGCGACACCACAGGAGCAGAGCCAGGGCUCAUACCGGUGCGGACCCACACCAGUGUCUGCAGUGCGCAGCGGACAGGUCAACCUGAGGUUCGACACACCCUUCGUCUUCGCUGAGGUGAACAGUGAUAAGAUCUACUGGCAGAGGAACGCAGACGGCAGCUUCAGUCAGGUCAGUGUGGAGAAGAACAGCAUCGGCCAGAAGAUCAGCACUAAAGCUGUGGGCUCCGACACACGAGUGGACAUCACACACCUGUACAAGUACCCGGAGGGCUCAGAGGAGGAACGCAUCGCUGUAGAGUCCGCAAGCAGAUUCGGCUCCAGACCCACGCUGUACCCGUCCCCCAGCGGGACCGAUGUGAGCCUGGAGGUGCAGAUGUCUGGAGCCGGACCCCGGAUAGGGGAGGACGUCCGACUGUCCAUCGUGCUGAAGAACAACAGCUCCGCGCAGCGCUCCGCUAGUCUGCUGUAUGAGGCACUGGUCAUGUACUACACCGGCGUAUUGAAACAGAGCCUGAAGAAGGACAGGAUUACCCUGGAGCUGCAGCCCAGAGAGACUAAGACUAUCCCCUGGACUCUGCAGUAUAAGGAGUACAAGGAUCAGCUGGUGGACCAGGGCGCUCUGAUGCUCACGCUCACCGGACGGGUCAGCCAGACCAAGCAGAUUCUGGCCACUCAGUUCAACUUCAGGCUGCGCACACCCGACCUGGUGCUCACUCCUCUCCAGGACGCAGUGGUGGGUAAAGAGAUGAGCGUCAGGAUCUCCUUCCAGAAUCCACUGUCACAGGUCUUGAAGAACGUCUUAUUCCGCAUCGAGGGUCUGGGAAUGCAGAGCGUCAGGAAGAUCAGCUAUGGUGAUGUGGCGCGGCUGGGCACAGUGUCUCUGAUAGAGAAGUUUACUCCCACAGUCUCCGGCUCUCAGAAGCUCCUGGUCUCCAUGGACUGCCGUCAGCUCACUCAGGUUCACGGUGUGGCUGAUAUCACGGUCAAAGCAAAGUGAAACAGCAGUUUACUGUAAAGCCUCCGCUGUCUCAUUACACUGACUGAUCAACACUAAUAAGAACUCAGUAUUUGCCUUCACAAUGGAUGAAAGUCAACAAUAAAGAGUGUUUAUUCA